AUGUCCUUACAUGGUAGUUUUCUGUCUGACGAGCAGUUCCAGUGCUCGAUCUGCCUGGAUGUAUUCAAUAAUCCUUCAUCCACCCCAUGUGGUCACAGCUUUUGCAUGGCCUGCAUCUGCAGAUACUGGGAUGGAUCUAAGGUUUGCCAGUGUCCUCUGUGUAAGAAGACCUUCCAAAAGCGGCCAGACCUCCAGAUCAACAGGACGCUGCGUGAGAUCACUGAGCAGUUCAGAUCGAUGACAGGAGGAGGAGGAGGGAGGGAGAAGAGAGGAGGGAAAGGAGGAGGAAGAGACGAAGGCAUACGAGAGGAUUUAUUUUAUGAAUUGCGGAAGAAGCUGCCACAACCUUUACCAAAGACAUCCAUGGCGCUGACUUAUGAGGCUCAAACCAAAGGCAAGAGAUAUGAAUUAUGGUUUCAGGGUGAACCUACCCCGGCAUUGUUGUCACCUCCCAGCAACACCUUACUGGGUUCUUCGUUACCAGAUCAUAGUCCAAUCUCUGCCUUGAACCACACCUGCAGACCUCUUCCACCUCCUCCACCUUACUCCCGAUCCAGCAGCCGGAGAAGAUUUACUGUGAGUGGGGCUGCGAGCAGCAACGACCUCCCCGUCUGUGACAUCCACCACAGGGGAAUAAUGAUUUACUGUAGGACAGACAGAGUGUGUAUCUGUCCUGAAUGUGAGACUGAGGACCACCCCGAUCAUGACACAGUGACUAUUGAAGACGAAUGGUUGCAAACCAAGGUCCAGCUUAGUACAUCGGAGCAGGAGAUCCAGGAGAUGAUCAGACAAAGAAUCAGAAAGAUCGAAGAGAUCAGAAUGUCAGUGAAUGAACUGGAAUUGGCGGUAGAGCGGGAGACAGCGGGCAGUGUGUGUAUGUUCUCGGCUCUGGUGUCUGCCAUCGAGCGCUCCCAGGCUGAGCAGAUGGAGGUGUUGGAGAUGAGUCGAAGGUCAGCCGAGCACCAGGCUGACGUCAUGAUACGGCAGCUGGAGCUGGAGGUCGAAGAACUGCGGAGGAGAGAAAGUGCCCUUGCACAGCUUGCCAAAUCAGAGGAUCUCAUACAUUGUGUUAAGACCUUCCCCAUCCUUUCCAGUCCUCCGCCUGCCAAAGACUGGUCUGCAGUGUCAGUGAACUCUGACCUGGGAACAGGGACCAUCUACAGGUCACUGGCAGCUCUGGUGGAAAGGUUCCAACAAGAUCUGAAGAGUGUCAUAGAAACAGGUUUUCCUGCUGUCUCAGUGGAACCCAUUCCGGUCCGAACACAGCCCAGGAUAAAGAGGAUACAAGAGUAUGCAGUGGAUGUAACUCUGGACUCCAAUACUGCCCAUCCCAGACUGAUUCUGUCAGAGGACAUGAAGAGUGUGAGGUGUGCAGAUCGACACCAGCUGCUUCCAGACAACGCAGAGAGGUUUGACAGAGUUGUCUGUGUCCUGGGGAGGGAGGCAAUUUCCUCUGGGAGACACUACUGGGAGGUGCAGGUGGGUGGGAAAACAGACUGGGAUCUGGGGGUAGCCAAGCAAUCAAUCAACAGGAAGGGGAAGUUUGAAAUUACCCCAAGCAACGGAUACUGGUUCCUCAGCCUGAGAGACAAGAACAAGUACGCCUUCCGAACUGAACCCUCCACAGACGUCCAUCUGAACCUCCGACCCAAUAAGAUUGGGAUAUUUGUUGACUUUGAGAAAGGACAGGUGUCUUUCUACAACGUUGAUGUUAAAGUGCACAUCUACACCUUCAAUGACACGUUCAAUGAAUGCAUCUACCCGUUCUUCAGCCCCUGUACGAAUAAAUCUGGAAAGAACGAUGGACCGCUGAUUAUCACACCAGUAAACAUGACAGCGUGA